AUGCGGCGUAUUGCCUACUACGAAACGUGGGCAGAUACCAAGGACUGUGACUCUUUCCGUCCCGAAGAUAUCCCUGUGAAGGCCUUGACACAUUUAAACAUUGCUUUUGGUGGUAUCAAUGAUUCGCGGGUUACAAUUGACAGCUCGGAGAUGAUUCAGCGGGUUGUUCGGCUGAAGAGGAAGAAUCGUUCACUUAAGGUCUUGCUGGCUGUUGGUGGAUGGGCCUUUAGCGAUCCUGGAUCAACUAGAACUGCAUGGUCCGACAUGGCUUCCACCAAAGAUAAUCGUGAAAAAUUCAUCAAAAGUGUGAUAAAGCUUUUUCAAACAUACGAUAUUGACGGUAUUGAUCUCGAUUGGGAGUACCCUGUUGCUGAUGAUCGGGGUGGAAGGGAUGCAGAUUACAAGAACUACGUAUCGUUGUUGAAAGAAAUGCGUAGCUCUUUCGAAGAACUGAAUUCAGCCUGGAUUAUUUCUAUGGCUAUUCCAGCUAGCUACUGGUAUCUGCAGCAUUUUGACGUUGCCGCCCUUAAGCCUAACGUUGAUUGGUUCAAUCUCAUGAGUUAUGAUAUGCGUGGUAAAUGGGAUCAGUUCAAUGAGUGGACGGGUCCAUACGUGUUUGGUCAUACAAAUAUUACUGAAAUCGAGCGUGGUGUCGAUCUCUUGCGAAGAAACGAUAUUGAUUUAUCGAAAGUCACUCUAGGAAUGGGUUUCUAUGGGCGAACCUUCACCUUGGCCGAUAGCAAGUGUAACGAGCCAGGUUGUGUCUUCAGUGAUGCUGGCCUGCGUGGAGAGUGCUCAGGUGAAGAGGGAAUCCUCACAUUCAAAGAAAUCAUGGCUCGCCAACAUCGAUUGAAUGAGAAAACAAUCCGAUACGAUGAAGACAGCGGCGUUAAAUACAUGGUAUAUGAUGAAAAUCAAUGGAUCACAUAUGACGACGAGGAAACCUUCGAGAAGAAGCGUGAGAUGCUAAACAAAGACGAUAAGUACGUUUCUGGAACUCUUUUAGAAGGUGGGGACCUAAGUGACGAAGAGAAAGAGGCUCUUGUCGACGAGAUAGGUGGACUCACAGGAGACAAAUGCUACGUCACUUCAGCCUGUGUUGGGGCAAAGGCAACAAUUGAGGGAAGCUCCAAGUGCAACUCAGGCGAUGUGACUGUGGCAUAUGUGCACGCUCCAGGUGAAUCACCCUUUGAGCUGUAUAGAUACCUAUCCCACAAUUCGCAAGCUUGCUCUAAGGGGGCAUACAAGAGGGUAUACUGUCCAGCCAAGACCCCAGCCGUUAACUGCAAAUGGGAAGGUGUCCCAGACGUAGGCUCGUCUAAAUGUAAGGGUGGAAAAGGCCCAGAUACAUGUGGCAAUGGAAGAAAUGAGCUCUUUACAGAUCGCUUUACCGAUGCGGAUGGUGGUACCAAAUGCUCCGGGGACUCCAAAAGAUCUCUUUGCUGCGACGCGCCACCAGAGAUGCAAAAAUGCCAUUGGUCUCCCUGCACCGUGUUUUCAACCUGUUCAACUGGUUACCACCACCCGAUUACCACCAAGGGAGACUUUUGCGACGAUGACUCGUUUCAAAAUUUCUGCUGUGAACUAGAUGCCAAGCUUGAUAACUUGCUGAAGAAUGCUCGAAAACGUCUUGUCCGUCAACCCAGUUCACUGCAGCAAAAGCUAGAUUACCCGGACGAAGGGCCGGACAUGGACCUUCCCUUUGAUUUGAAAAAGAUCUUUGCUGAUCCAAUCGGCGAGGAUGUUGUUUAUCAAUACACCGAUAAUUAUGGCAACAACGAUGAUGAUCCACAUGGGCCAGAUGAAACUGAUCUGGGCGAUGAUCCAUAUGGAUUUAUCGUACUCGAUGGAGAUGAGAAUGCCCUAGAAGCCGCCUGUGAGAAGGUUUUCAUAGGAGGUGCCCUAGAUACCAUCAUUGCCCUUCCACGUCAUAUCGGGUCAGGUCCAUAUGCGCGGAUUGUGUCUAUGGUGCCAGUCGGAGAGAAUGAUCUCUUAGAAUUCCAUAUCAAGAAGCGCGCCCUUGAUCAACAUGAAUCAGCUGUGUAUAAUUUGACUAUCGACUACCGGUUUGAACUGAUCCGCCGGGAAGACGCAAAGGUCAAUGUACGCAUUGACUAUACGAAUCUUGUUCCUUACUGGGACGAGAUGACUGGUCCUGACUCUGAUUCUGGGAAGACCAAGCGAGAGCUACGGCGAGAGAAGCGCUGGUGGGGUGGUUACCCCGACUGGCUAAAGAGACUCACUACCAUUCGCCAGUCAGAUAAAGGAAAACUUCCCAUGUCAAUUCACAAAAAGAUGUUACUCUAUAGCAGACGGGCCCAGUGUGCCAGAGGAAACGUGAAUGUAAAGGCUGGACUGGAUAUCACAUUGGACGCAAAAUUCGACAUGAACGCCCGUUGGGCUUAUUAUGCAGAAGGAAGUGUCGUUCCAUUUAAUAUAGACACCGUCUACACCUACUUUGAGCUCGAACCAGAGGUUCAAGCGGUGAUCGAGAUCGAAGGAAGUGCGGAAAUGACAUACCGCAGCCCCAGAAUCAAGAUCAUCGACACCCUCUCCUACCCAGGCCUCGCUAUCAAAGGAAUUGCUGCUGUUGGCCCUACUUUAGAUCUCUGGGGGGGGCAUGGAAGCUGGAGCCAGGUGGAUGAGGCAGAGGAAUUCCAGAAAUUUGCUCAGCCAGAGGGCAAGGACGAACAGAAAUCGGAGGGGACAGACAUGGUUCCGAUUCUAGAUGCUAGUGUCGAGGCUAACGGUGGUACCAUUGUCGAUUCUCAGAUUGUUGGUUUCGUUAACAACACACUCCGGUUUGAGGUGGAGGCACAAGCUAGUGGUGGGAUCGAUAAUCCACCUGCCGCAUCAUACAGCGUUUACAUCAAAUAUUUCUACAAUUUCGGUCUGGGAGGUCGAGCAGUUUUCAAGUGGUUAGGGAGUCAUGCACUUAAGCCAAAGACUCUUUUCAAUGGCCUCGGUCGGCAGAAGAUUCUAUGGGAGCAUCAUGGCUCCGCCUCGCUGUCAAAGCGGAAUCCCUUUCUAAUAGAAUCAGGUGGCGCAGACAAGUUCAUUCCGAUAUACAAUACGACGCUUCUAGAGGAAGAUGACUGGUUUGAAACCACUGGAAUCUCCCCCAAUUUAGCUAAGAGAAGCACGCUUGAAGAUGUGGCUGCCUUCGGCGCAAAGAAGAGUUUCUUCACGUGCAAUGAUGGAGGUCAAUGUUCCAGCGGCGCUUGUGCAGGCCAGUCUUGCGAAUGGAACCCUGCUAAGCCUGACUCAAAGAGCAAGCGAGCCGACGAUGAUGACGGUGACCCUAUGGAUGUUGAUGCAAGCCAAAACUGUAUCAGUGCCAUCCCCGCCAUGAUGUACAACUGCAAAUACUUCCCCGACGUGACGCUGAGUGGAAGAUCACUUCCUGGAAUUUGCCAGAAUAUUAUGAAGUAUUUCACUCAAGCAGGUCUUGGCUCCGGUCCAUUUAGCGCCACUUUCAGUCUCGAAGGCCAAAGUGAGAAUGGCCCAAAUCGAGAGGCGGUUUGCGGUCGCAAGUCUGGGCACAAAUACUCCAUCACGGAUGAGAAUGGUAAACAGGUGGAAUAUGAAGGCACGUGGGCUGAUAAGUGUGUUAAACAAUCGGCUGUUCUUGGUGUGUUGACAGGAAAGGGGAACGGACCUGCAGGAAAUAAUAACUGGCUCAGCUGUGACGAGUUUCCAUUCAAUUAUAUGGACGAAGGUGGCAAUCCGACUAUGAACAGCCGAAGCUGUGUCCCCGGACCCCAGCAGUUUACCCAGGGCUCGAUAAAUUCGCUACCUAGACAGGUACAGCAAGAGGUCUCAUGGGUAGACAGCAAAGGGAACACCAAAACUGCAUGGAAAAAAUGGCUCGAUGACUGGGAGGAUGGUACUCAAGACAAGAUCGAUCAGGUUGUUGGGGCUAUAAAUCUCAUGGGCAACUCGAAGUAUAGAGUUAUCUCAUACAAUGCGUGGUGUCUGAAUGAUGCGAGUACGCGACCCCACCCGCUUUGGGGCGGAUUCAUGAGAGUCUCAAAAUGCACGGUCGUCUUCGACAAUGGGGCUGCCAGCGCCAAAAUUAAGAGGGGCGAGCAACCGACCCAAGAAGAGAUGUUCAACAUCACGACACCUACAGACCCUGUUCUCCCCAGCCCCACCGAUACACUCUCGUCAUGCCUGCCAACUAUCACAAAGGUUAUUCCCGAAGGCUGGGUUGAUCCUCCAGGUCCCACGGAGUCAGGCGUUUCUGACAUGUGUAACAAGUGGCAUAUUCUCGAGAAUGGAGAUACUUGCAAAAGCCUGUCGGUGCAGUAUAAAAUCACGGAAGCAAAGUUAAGCGAGUACAACCCCAGCGUCAAUGCCCAAUGCAGUAAUAUCCGAGCAGGGUUUGCGAUAUGUGUUCGGGUAUGGGAAGACGGGACGACUACGCCGACACCCUCUCCUACUACUACUGCGGGUCCUCCUGGCCCAACAGGACCUGGGACAAGUUUGACAUGCACAAAGUGGCAUCUUAUGGCUGACGGUGACUCUUGCGUCUCUAUCACGGCCAAGUAUGGUAUUCUCGUCAGUCGGUUUCGCCAACUGAAUAGAAAUGUCGAUGCAUCUUGUAGUAAUCUUGUCAAAGGCAACGCGUAUUGCGUGGGGUAG